AUGCCGAAUUACGUGAAAUUUAUGAAAGAAAUUCUUUCCAAGAAGAGGCGUUUGGGUGAAUUUGAGACGGUGGCACUUACAAAAGAAUGUGGCCUGAUCUCUCAAAGCACUCUACCACCAAAAUUAAAGGACCCAGGAAGUUUCACAAUCCCAUGUUCGAUUGGCAACACUUAUUUUGAUAAAACCUUGUGUGAUUUGGGUGCAAGCGUAAAUUUGAUGCCAAUGUCUAUUUUUAAGCAGCUAGGUAUUGGUGAAGCUAGGCCGACUAUAGUCACCCUUCAACUUGCCGAUCGAUCAUUUGUUCAUCCGGAGGGAAAAAUUGAAGAUAUGCUGGUGCGUGUUGAUAAAUUCAUCUUUCUGGUGAAUUUUGUCAUCUUGGAUUACGGAGCAGAGAAGGAGGUGCCCAUUAUUUUGGGUAGACCAUUUCUAGCUACUAGAAAGACAUUGAUUGAUGUGCAAAAAGGUGUGUUAGAUGUUCUUGUUUUGAAAAAACUUAACAAGAAUGCUUAUGAGGAAAUAGAGGAUGAGGAUAUAACAAAUGCUGCAUUGGAAGUUGAACAAGUUGAUGAAGAUUCUCAAGCAUUACUGGGAGAAUGA